AUGAGUCUUAAAGUGCCAAUUCAAUUUUCUGUUAUUGGCAGUGAUAAAGUCAUACGAGUUGUUCCUGAGAGUGAGAGAGAAACACAGAUCCUGAGGGCUGCAUUCAACAGGCUUAAGGUGGACUUGUGGCAGCCCAGCAGCCCCUUCCACAUCGUCGAAGGCGCAGCCGCUGACGUGCGAGUCCCGCAGAACGCCACGCGGAGCCUGCUGCCCUUCCUCCAGCAAGCAGACAUCCAGUACACGAUUCUCAUAUCAGACCUACAGCAAGCAAUAGAAAACCAAACUGGAGGGAGGUCCCAUAGGAAUCGAAGGUCCCUCCCUGGGUAUAACUAUGAAGUGUACCACUCCCUGGAAGAGAUCGAGGACUGGAUGCAUUAUCUGAAUAGAACUUAUUCAGAUCUUGUUCACAUGUUCUCUAUCGGAAAAUCCUAUGAAGGGAGACCACUGUAUGUGCUCAAGUUAGGUAAAAGGUCACGGCCCUACAAGAAAGCUGUCUGGAUAGACUGUGGGAUUCAUGCAAGAGAGUGGAUUGGCCCAGCCUUUUGCCAGUGGUUUGUGAAGGAAGCUCUUCAGACACACCAGACUGAUCCUGACAUGAGAAAGAUGCUAACUCAGCUGUAUUUCUAUAUCAUGCCUGUAUUUAAUGUGGAUGGAUAUCAUUUCAGCUGGACAAAUGAUCGAUUUUGGAGAAAAACAAGAUCAAAGAACAUGAGGUUUCACUGUCAUGGUGUUGAUGCUAACCGCAACUGGAAAGUGAAAUGGUGUGAUGAAGGAGCUUCACUGCACCCAUGUGAUGACACUUACUGUGGUCCUUUUCCUGAGUCUGAGCCUGAAGUAAAGGCUGUUGCUCACUUUCUCCGCAAACACCGGAAACAAAUAAAAGCUUAUUUGUCCUUCCAUGCCUAUGCACAGAUGCUGCUGUACCCUUAUUCCUACAAAUAUGCUACCAUUCCAAACUUCAACUGUGUGGAAUCAGCAGCCUAUAAUGCUGUUAAUGCUCUUCAGUCAGCCUAUGGUGUAAGAUACAGAUAUGGCCCUGCAUCCAGCACUUUGUAUGUGAGUUCUGGCAGCUCUAUGGACUGGGCUUACAAAAAUGGCAUCCCAUAUGCAUUUGCAUUCGAGCUGCGUGACACUGGCCAUUUUGGAUUUUUGCUUCCUGAAAUGCUGAUCAAACCAACCUGCACAGAGACCAUGCUUGCAGUUAAAAAUAUAACUCUUCACUUGCUGAAGAAAUGUCACUGAGAUGGAUUUCUAGGAGCUGGAAGUAAACAUUUUACUCCUAGUGCUGAUGCUUUUCAGUGUGUUCAGUUGUCAUUCAAAGUUUGGCCACUUCAGAAUUCAAGAAGCUAAAGUGAAAUUUGAUAUUGUUUCUGCCAAAUUACCUUAGUGGAAAAUGGAAAAAAAAAAAUCAUUCAAUAUCUGGUCUUUUAAAGUCCAUAAAGCUGAUAUACUAACUUAGCUACUAGUUUGGUGCAGAAUAUUUUUGCAAUAAAACCUUUAUUCUGUGAUUUCCAAAAGGCCGGUCCUAAAAUAAAGGACUGCUGCUUCCAGGCAGUUCCAGGCCUCACACCUUUCCCUAAUAUGAAGACCUCCCAGGGGGUUUCUCAAACCAAGGGAUAAAGUUUACAUUCAUGUAAAUAUACCCUGUGACCCAACACAGGCCUGUAUCUACAGCAAUAAAUGCCUUUUAGGGGUAGCUGGCUGCACUGCAAAUGGCAGUGUGGCUUCCUUCUG